AGCCACAACUAAAACUAGAAUGGUCGACGGUAUUAAUUUCCAAACCGCGAGUCUAAUGUCCACCGCGCACAUGCAUUGCACUUGUGAUGUUUAAUGUGAAGAUCGUAUAUUAUAUAUAUCAUCGCUUCUUCUUCUUCUUCUUCAUGUGCCAUCACCGAUGCGGUGUUUGACGAACGUUGAUAUUUUGCCAAUGGGUUAUGUUUCUCGCCUAUGACCAAAGGUGUCUUGUUGGUAAUUCAAAAUGGUCAAGGAAGGUUUUUCGUUGUCUGUCUCAGGCACUUUUGCCAAGUAGUCUACCACUAAGGCUAAGAUUCUCCAAUCCCUCUUUUUUUGUUGGAAUGUCUCAAGAACUUCUGUUGUUUAUCUCUGACAGUGUUGAGGAGUUGCCUUUUUGGUCAAUCUGUUUAGAGCCUCUUCAUUGUCAACAUGAUCAAUGAGUGAAUGACGCUAUAAUCCUCGCGAAUUUUUAUCAAUGGCGAUGAACAGUCUACCUUCAGUCAAUGCGUCAAUUUUGGCCUUUGAAAGAGAGACAUCUUCAAAAUUUGUGAUUCUACAAAAGAGCAAAUCAUUUGGAAAAGGAUAGGCUGUCUAAACAAAUGGAACACAACAUCAGUGGCCCUGAGCUGCAGAAUGACGUCGAGGAUAUGAUCUACCUGGACUACAAUGCCACCACACCACUAGAGGAUGAGGUAGUUGAAACAAUAAGCAGAACCCUACGAGAGGCCUGGCAAAAUCCAAGCAGUUCUUAUGCCACUGACACCUCAGGCAAAAGUGUGAAGCAGAUCAUCGAUGAAGCUCGUCAGAAUGUUGCUGAUAUGAUAGGUGGAAACGUUCAAGACAUUGUGUUCACAUCUGGAGGGACCGAAUCCAACAACAUGGUCUUUCAUACCAUGCUCAGCCAUUUUGAAUUCAAAUACAAUAAAACUGCUUUGGAGAGACAAACAGAGGGGCACAGCAUCUCAGUUCCACCAGACAAAAACAUACCUCACUUUAUUACUUCCAAUAUAGAACAUGACUCCAUUAAAAUAGUUUUACAGGAGUAUCAGACAUUGAGGAAAGCAGAGGUGACAUUUGUACCAGUAAGUAAAGACACAGGACAGAUUGUGCCAGAAGAUGUGAUAGCUGCCAUCAAGCCAAACACAGUACUUGUCUCUGUGAUGUUAGCUAAUAAUGAGACAGGGAUAAUACAGCCAAUCGCUGAGAUAUCAGAAAGAUUGAGGACAAUAAAAAGAGGUGAUGGCGAGACUUCUCGUAUCUUCCUCCAUACUGACGCCGCCCAGGCCUUGGGCAAAAUACCGGUCAGUGUCCAGGACUUGAGAGUGGACUACUUGACCAUUGUGGGCCAUAAGUUCUAUGGCCCCCGUAUUGGAGCUCUGUAUUUCCCAGGCAGGGCAGGGACAGCUCCUCUGUAUCCUAUGUUCUAUGGAGGGGGACAAGAAAGAAACUACAGACCUGGGACAGAAAAUACCCCUAUGAUCGCUGGGUUGGGGAAGGCAGCAGAACUAGUGUCCAGAAAUGUCAAGGUAUAUGGAGACCACAUGGAGAAAACACGGAACUACUUGGAGACACAGUUAGAGACAACCUUUCCUGACAGAGUCAAAUUCAAUGGGAGAUAUCCCAAGGUGCCAAGACUUCCAAACACAUGCAAUGUGUCCAUUCUAGGGGCCAAAUUACAUGGGUUCCAGGUACUAUCCAAGUUGAAAUAUGUGCAGACCAGUGUAGGGGCAGCCUGCCAUGCACAGAAUAGGCCCUCUCACAUUUUGCUAGCGUCAGGAGUGGAUCCCACCGCAGCCGCCAACGCGUUACGUUUGAGUGUUGGCCGACACACGACCAAGGACGACAUAGACAGAGCAAUAGUGGACCUGAAACAGGCAGUUCAGGCUCUAGAGUCUGAUAUUGGGCAAUAGUGGUGUUCUGUGACUGGGCUUACAUCAACCAUAGCCGAUUUUGGGUGGGAGCGGCGGGGAACGUUACUGUCUACCAGAGCCACAGAUUUAUUUUUCACUACAUAUUCACAGUUUAUGUCUCUGGCUAAAUUUGGUCAAUCUAACUGUGGCUGGUGGAAAAUGUGCCUAUAAUAUCUGCCGCCCUGGUAGAGGGCAGGGGCACGUAGCCCACUGUCUUCAGAUAUACCUCUACUUAUCUCACU